GAAUGCAGAAAUAAGAUAAUAAAAAUUAAAUAACCGAAUAAAAUAUCACGGAAGUUUCGUAAUUUUAUACUAUAAAUUAUUUAAGAUAUUUAUUACCAACAGUUUAUGAUAAUGUUCUUUAGAAUAAUAAUGUAUUGAACUAUCAAAGUAUAAAAUAGAAUUGUUUUAUUCUCGAUCUGAUCGGUUUUAUUUAGUAAACUAAUGUAAUUCCAAAAAAAAUAAAUAGUAUUUUCAGUAACAUUAAUUUGAGUUCAUGCUCAUCGAGUGUGUCUUAUAUUAAGGAUAAAACAUGUACUUUCCACAUAUUUUGUUAUUUUUAACUGUUUGCAGACUGGCAUUGGCUGAAUUUGAAGAAAAUGUACAUAUUGACGAUAGUAAAUUUGGACCAUUGGAACAACCAGAUACUCCAAAAAAUUUAACAAUUGCACCGCAAAUCACUGACUUUACUGAUAUCCUAACAAUAAGUAAUGCCAUAAAAAGCUUCCAGAAAAAAAUGGAAGAAGAACAUAAUUACUUGCCAACUAUGCAAGCAUAUUUAACUACAAGCACUGCUAGUAAUGGUGGAAAAGAAUUUAAAUUAAGUACAUUUUUAUCAUCGGUUAUAUAUGCUGAAAUUACCACGGACAAUACAAAUACCAGUCAACCAUCCAUUAAUGAACCAUUAGCUAAUGUUACAGCUGCUAAUAAUUCAAGGAUUGUAAAUUGUACCACGCUUCUACAUUUAAAUCAAACAGUAUUUUCAGUUGAGGUUGUUAAUUCAUCUCGACUUGGAUAUGUCUUAAAAUAUGAUCCUGAAGUAACUAAUCGCCGAGAAUCUGGUGUUUGUUCAUUGGUGUUAUUUUAUGCUAGAUCAUGUCAAUUCAGUACUUUAGCUGCACCUCACUUCAAUGUACUUCCAAGAAUAUUUCCUCAAUUAAAAAUGGUAGCAUUUAAUGCUAUAUCUGAACAAAGAUUUAAUACAAUGUAUGGUAUAACUGGAGUCCCAUCAUUAGUUCUAUUUCAUAAUGGAAAACCCAUUGCCAAAUAUAAUGGUUCUGAUUAUUCACUUUAUGAAUUUACUAAGUUUGUAAUUAGACAUACAGAUCUCACUCCAAAUGAAAAAGUGGACAUUUCUAUGACAGAUUUUGUAAAGCCUGUUCCUGGAUUUGGGAAUCGUGAUUAUGAUUAUUCUCUUUGGUUAGCAUGGUUUGUAAUUAUAUUCUGGACACUAGUUUAUGUUAGGACUAUGCAUUUCUGGAGAAAAUUUGUUGAAGACAUAAAAAACAUUUGGCGUGAAGCUGAAGCACAGCAUGAACAUGCAGAUUAAAUUAAUGUAAAUAUUUUCUAUACAGUGUUAUUGUUUUAUUAUUUUUUAAAUUUCUCUUGCUGUAUUUAUGUUUUUUAGCAAUAAUAAUAUUAUAUGUGUAAAUUAUUUUAAGUAAUUUGAAAUUAAAUGGUACUUUUUAUCAUAUCAA